GCCUAAGACAAUCAUUCAAUUGAAUGAAUUUGCAUUCCACACGCUCAAUAUUCGUACGAGAAGAGCAAAAAUGACUACACUAUCAACAUUGAGAAUUUUGGAAACCGCCCAUAAAUGUAUUAAAGUGGGCUCCAAGGAAGAGUCGGAAGUGAGAGUACUUGUAAACUCGUUAUGUAACGAAUUCACUAAUAGAAUGAAAAGUGACACUUUAUUCAAAGAAACAUAUAAUAAAACUAUUCUUUGUGGAAGCUUCCGCGAUAGUUUGAAAGUACUUCGAGCGGAUGAAGUAGAUUUUAACAUCGUAUUGAUUCUGCCGGGUGUUGUGACCUCUGGAGACUACCCGGGAAAAGUGGCCAUCAAUAUCAAUUCUUAUAGUGGCAGCUCUGAGUGUCAAGAAUUGCUACGGAAAUUUGCAAAUGAAGAUGGUUUUCUUCAAACUUCCAAACUCCGAGCAUGGUCUCAAAGCAUGGUCAGUAAAGCCAACAAAAAUGACCUUGAAAUCAUCAACGGACAUACCCUUAACAUAAAGAUCAGCCAAAAUGGCCCAGCGGAAACCGUUUACGUGACAAUUAAGUCGCCAGCACCUGGAUCUUGUUUGGAACAAGGAUUUCAGCUCAGCAUUGACUUAGUGCUCGGUAUAUACUUUCCUCCCGAAUCAUUACAAACGGGAAGUACAUCGCACAAUGCGAAGCACGGCUGGGUGGCUAUCCCGAAGCCUAUAAAUGGUUCAGGUGAUUACCAAAACAUUCUGUUCGUCCCGUCGUAUCCUGAACAAGAAAGCGAAGAGCUAAAAAACAAAUGCAAUAUGAAACCAGCAAUUCGACUGGUAAAACAGAUGCGGGAUCGAAAAGGUGUUAAAAACCUGAAAAGUUAUUUUAUUAAGACUAUAUUCCUGAGGAUAAACAAAGAGAAGGGGCCAGAGUUCUGGAACAAACCAUUGGACGAGAUUCUUGUCAUUGUAAGUAGACAAGAGUCUGAUAUUUGAGGGGAUCAACACUUCAGUGGUGGGGAAUCUAAUGGUAUUCAAAUUUGCUACUGAUUUCUCACUAUUAAAGUAUUGAUUCGCUCCGAAUAGCAGAAAAAGGUAAACUAAUGGUUUCGGUGGACUCUAUUCAAACGUUAGGUCGGGAACGAGUUAAUUAGCUUUGUACUAAUGAAGGGAAUAUAUAUAUAAUAAUAAUAAUAAUAAUCGUUGGCGCAACAAUCCAUAUUGGAUCAAGGCCUUGAAGUGUGUUAGAGCACUUCAUUCAAGACCGUAAC